CUCGCUUUAGCGCUGCUCAACUUUGAACGGUUUUCUGUGUGAAAUGUGAAACAUUUCUUUUAAAAUACAUUUAAUUACACACUUUAAUUGUUUUAUUGCGCCAGUACGUGAUGGAGUUCGAGUGACCGAGCGCGCGAUGUCUCGAUGACGAGGCUCAGGACAGACAUAGAGUGUGACGCAACACUGACGCAAGGUUGCCUCGAGAUGUCUAAAUCUGUACCAUGUUUUAUCAAUAAUAGCCAUUAUAAAAGUAUAAGUAAGAUCGUGACGUGCGACAGAGGAACUUCACUUCCCAGAAGACCGUGCGCCGCCCAUGCGCAGGAGCGUCAGCAGCAUGGCAGCCGCUAGCGGAAUGGAGUGGUUGAAGAGUUUGAAAGGAGUGAUAUUAGACAUGUGUGGAGUUCUGUAUGAUAGUGGAGAAGGAGGAGGACAAGCAAUACCCGGAUCUAUAGAAGCAGUGAAGCGACUGAUGGACUCGGGUCUGACCGUGCGCUUCUGCACUAACGAGACUCAGAACACGCGUGAGCACUUCGUGCAGAAGUUGCGUGUGAUGGGCUUCGACAUCAGCGUCAGUCACGUGUUCUCGCCCGCGCCGGCGCUCGUGCGCAUCAUCAGAGAGAGACGCCUGAGGCCACACCUGCUGGUGCACGACGGUCUGAUGGCAGAGUUCGAGGGCGUGGACACGAGUUCUCCUAACUGUGUUGUGAUUGGAGACGCUGCGGAUAAAUUCUCCUACCAGAACCUGAACGAGGCCUUCCGUGUUCUGAUUGGCCAGGAGAAACCCCUGCUGUUCUCAUUGGGCCAAGGACGCUACUAUAAGGAGACGGACGGGCUGAAGCUGGACGUGGGGGUUUACAUGAAGGCACUGGAGUACGCCGGGGACGUCCAGGCCGAGGUGGUGGGCAAGCCGUCGGCUGAUUUCUUCGGGACGGUCCUGAAGGACAUGAGUCUGCAGCCGCACGAGGUGGUGAUGAUCGGUGAUGAUCUGGUCAAUGAUGUUGGAGGAGCUCAGAGCUGCGGGAUGAAGGGCAUUCAAGUCAGAACCGGCAAAUACAGGCCGAGUGAUGAGCAGCACGCGAGUGUGAGAGCCGACGCAUACAUGGAUGACCUCGCCGCCGCCACGCACGCCAUCCUGACAUCAUCCCUGACCGACCGCUGACAUCAUCACUGCCUGCCCGUGUGCUGACGGGACUCCAGGGAUCGCUGUGUAGACUCACACUGAGCGUCCACUCACGGCUCUUAAACUUCAUUAUCAUAUAAAUUAUAAAAAAUUAAAUGAAUAAGACAGUUAUGUGUU